GUUACCGAGACAAAAUUUACAAGAAAAAAAGACCUUAAACCAUUUUUUGUUACUAAUGCAUUAUGCAUAGAGUGGCGAAACACAGUGUAAAUCGCAUUUGUUUGCUUACGCAGAGCCGUUAUUUCCUUUCCCAACUUCGCCACACACACAACAAUCUUCACUCUUCUUCAUCAAUGGACUCAAUCAAGAAAGACCAAGCUACACCCGUACCUGAAGACCCAGAGAAGAAGAAGAAAAAGGAAGAAAAGGCAAGAGAGAAGCAAUUGAAGCUUGAGAAGUUUCUUCAGAAGAAAGCUCAGCAACAACAAGCUCAACAAUCAUCCACUGCUGCUAAAAAGAGUGAAAAGAAAACUGUGAAGCGUGUCCCAGAGGAUGAAAAUCCUGCGGAUUACAUUGAUCCUGAGACUCCAUUGGGUGAUAAGAAACAAAUGUCCAGGCAAUUGGCAAAACAGUAUAAUCCAACUGCCGUGGAGAAAUCGUGGUACGAGUGGUGGGAGAAAUCAAAGUAUUUUGUGGCAGAUGCUAGCAGCACAAAACCACCUUUUGUUAUUGUUUUGCCUCCACCAAACGUGACAGGUGCUCUCCAUAUAGGUCAUGCUCUAACCGCUGCAAUAGAGGAUACGAUGAUUCGUUGGCGAAGAAUGUCUGGCUACAAUACUCUGUGGGUGCCUGGGAUGGAUCAUGCGGGAAUUGCUACACAGGUGGUUGUGGAGAAAAAGAUAAUGCGUGAAAAGCAACUAACCAGGCAUGAUUUGGGCCGUGAAAAAUUUAUCUCAGAGGUUUGGGAAUGGAAAAACAAGUACGGGGGCACAAUUUUGCAACAAUUACGCCGAUUAGGAGCAUCUCUGGAUUGGUCUCGUGAGUGCUUCACAAUGGAUGACAAAAGAUCUAAGGCUGUGACUGAUGCUUUUGUGAUUCUUUACAAGCAAGGCCUUGUCUAUAGGGACUUACGGUUAGUAAAUUGGGAUUGUGUGUUACGAACAGCAAUAUCUGAUAUUGAGGUGGAUUAUAUUGAUAUAAAAGAAAGGACCCUGCUAAAGGUUCCAGGAUACGACAAACCUGUUGAAUUUGGCGUUUUAACAAAAUUUGCUUACACACUGGAAGGGAACCUAGGUGAAAUUGUUGUUGCCACAACUAGGAUAGAAACUAUGCUUGGCGACACUGCAAUUGCCGUACAUCCUACUGAUGACCGAUACAGUCAAUUUCAUGGAAAAUAUGCUGUUCACCCAUUUAAUGGCAGAAAACUUCCUAUAAUCUGUGAUGCUAUUCUUGUUGAUCCAAAGUUUGGGACAGGUGCUGUUAAGAUUACACCAGCCCAUGAUCCUAAUGAUUUUGAGGUUGGAAAACGUCACAACCUUGAAUUUAUUAAUGUUUUCACUGACGAUGGGAAAAUAAAUUCCAAUGGUGGCUCUGAAUUUUUGAACAUGCCACGAUUUAAAGCCCGGGAAGCAAUAACUGAAGCAUUAAAAAAGAAGGAUCUUUAUAGAGGUUCUGAAAACAAUGAGAUGCGCCUUGGUGUAUGUUCAAGAAGCAAUGAUGUUAUAGAGCCCAUGAUAAAGCCACAGUGGUAUGUUAAUUGCAGUGAUAUCGCAAAGGAAGCUCUUCAUGCUGUCACAGAUGAGGAAAACAAAAGGGUAGAGAUUAUUCCAAAACAAUAUGUGGCUGAUUGGAAGAGAUGGCUUGAAAACAUACGUGAUUGGUGCAUUUCACGGCAGCUAUGGUGGGGUCACCAAAUUCCUGCAUGGUAUGUCACUUUAGAGGAUGAUAUACUGCAGGAAUUGGGUGCUUACAAUGACCAUUGGGUAGUGGCAAGAACUGAAGAGGAAGCCCGAGAUGAGGCUAACCAAAGGUAUAGUGGAAAGAAGUUUCAUUUAAGCCGGGACCCCGAUGUUCUUGAUACAUGGUUUUCUUCUGGUCUGUUCCCAUUAACUGUGCUGGGAUGGCCUGAUGACACAGAAGACCUGAAGGCAUUCUAUCCGACUUCUGUUUUGGAAACUGGCCAUGAUAUCCUCUUUUUCUGGGUUGCUCGUAUGGUGAUGUUAGGAAUGAAGUUGGGUGGUGAUGUGCCUUUUAGCAAGAUUUAUUUGCACCCUAUGAUUCGUGAUGCACAUGGGCGCAAGAUGUCCAAGUCUUUGGGGAAUGUUAUUGAUCCCAUUGAGGUGAUAAAUGGUAUAUCACUAGAAGGUCUACAUAAGAGGUUAGAAGGAGGUAACCUUGACCCUAAAGAACUAGCUGUUGCAAUAGAGGGUCAGAAGAAGGACUUUCCAAAUGGUAUUGAAGAAUGUGGUGCUGAUGCCCUCCGUUUUGCCCUGGUCUCAUACACAGCUCAGUCUGACAAAAUUAACCUAGAUAUUCAAAGGGUGGUUGGGUAUCGACAAUGGUGUAAUAAACUAUGGAAUGCAGUACGAUUUGCUAUGAGCAAGCUCGGAGAUAAUUAUACCCCUCCUGCAGAUUUGACUCCAGAUGCUCUCCCAUUUAGCUGCCAGUGGAUACUAUCUGUGUUGAAUAAAACCAUAUCGAAAACAUCCAAGUCUCUAGAAUCAUAUGAGUUCUCGCAAGCUACCACUGCUGUGUAUUCUUGGUGGCAGUAUCAAUUGUGUGAUGUGUUCAUUGAAGUGAUCAAGCCUUACUUUUCUGGCAAUGAUACCAAGUUUGAUUCCGAAAGACACGCUGCUCAAUAUACUUUAUGGCUUUGUCUGGACAAUGGCCUGCGAUUGCUUCAUCCUUUUAUGCCUUUUGUCACAGAAGAAUUGUGGCAACGCCUUCCUUCUCCCAAUGAUUCUAAGAGAGAAGAAUCUAUCAUGAUAGCUGAUUAUCCGUCAGCUAUUGAGAGCUGGAAUAAUGAAGAGGUGGAGAGUGAGAUGGACGUCAUUGAGUCUACCGUUAAGUCUCUCAGGUCACUGGCAAAAGAGAGACGUGACAGGCGACCGGCUUUUGUUCUUUGCCAAACGCCGAAGCUUGAAAAGAUUAUUAACAGCCAUCAAUUGGAGAUUACUACACUAGCUAAUCUAUCCUCUUUAACCGUAUUCACUGACAUUGAAGCGGCUCCACCUGGAUAUGCCAAUACUGUCGUCAUUAAAAACCUUUCUGUUUAUUUGGAGCUUCAAGGAAUUAAUUCUGCAGAAGCGGAACUUGCAAAGGCGAAGAAGAUAGACGAUCUGAAAAACCAAAUAGACAGAUUAGAGAAGACUAUGAAUGGUCCAGGUUAUGAAAAGGUACCGCAAGAAGUUCGAUCCAAGCAUGCUGAGAGGCUAGAAUCCUUAAUCUCUAGUCUCAAAGUGCUCCAACUUGAUUGAUGAUUAAUUUUUCCUUGCACGAGGCAGAAAGUUCCAUCAGUAGUCUGAAGUUUCACUUGCAGUUUGAACUUCAAAUUUUUAUGGCCAGAUUUUUUGCUCUUACACUAAACCUUUAUUUAGUAAAUGCAAAUUUUGGUAAUUUAAUGUCAUGACAUUUGGGCAAUUUGUGUUCACCCUUAAAGUCGAGAUUACAGCUUAUGUAACAAUUUUAAGAUAGAAAAUACUUGUGCUGAUAAAUUGACAAAUUUUUUGGUGUCUUCUAA